UUUUUCUGUUCUUUUACAAUGGCUCGAACUAAGCAGACCGCACGCAAGUCUACAGGCGGCAAGGCGCCGCGCAAGCAGCUGGCCACCAAGGCGGCCCGCAAGAGCGCGCCCGCCACCGGCGGCGUGAAGAAGCCGCACCGCUACCGGCCCGGCACGGUGGCCCUGCGCGAGAUCCGGCGCUACCAGAAGUCCACGGAGCUGCUGAUCCGCAAGCUGCCGUUCCAGCGGCUGGUGCGCGAGAUCGCGCAGGACUUCAAGACGGACCUGCGCUUCCAGAGCUCGGCCGUGAUGGCGCUGCAGGAGGCGUGCGAGGCCUACCUGGUGGGGCUCUUCGAGGACACCAACCUGUGCGCCAUCCACGCCAAGCGCGUCACCAUCAUGCCCAAGGACAUCCAGCUGGCUCGUCGUAUCCGCGGGGAAAGGGCGCUCCCCGGGCAGCAGCAGGCGCACAGCCGUCUGGAUCUCUCGGGACGUGAUGGUCGAGCGCUUGUUGUAAUGCGCCAGCCGCGAGGCCUCACCCGCGAUGCGCUCGAAGAUGUCGUUGACAAAGGAGUUCAUGAUGCCCAUGGCCUUGGACGAGAUGCCGGUGUCCGGGUGGACCUGCUUCAGCACCUUGUACACUGUCUGCAAACUCUCGUUAUGGCUCGUACCAAGCAGACCGCACGCAAGUCCACCGGCGGCAAGGCGCCGCGCAAGCAGCUGGCCACCAAGGCGGCCCGCAAGAGCGCGCCCGCCACCGGCGGCGUGAAGAAGCCGCACCGCUACCGGCCCGGCACGGUGGCCCUGCGCGAGAUCCGGCGCUACCAGAAGUCCACGGAGCUGCUGAUCCGCAAGCUGCCGUUCCAGCGGCUGGUGCGCGAGAUCGCGCAGGACUUCAAGACGGACCUGCGCUUCCAGAGCUCGGCCGUGAUGGCGCUGCAGGAGGCGUGCGAGGCCUACCUGGUGGGGCUCUUCGAGGACACCAACCUGUGCGCCAUCCACGCCAAGCGCGUCACCAUCAUGCCCAAGGACAUCCAGCUGGCUCGCCGUAUCCGCGGGGAGAGGGCGUAAAUUGUUUUCUCUUUCCGACUUUAAAC